UCAGCAUCCUUUUUCCCCCCGGCGGCCUCCCUUCCCAUCGGGGUCCUGGGGCUCGGCCCCGGCAAGGGACCCCCGGCGGUCCCCGCCCGCGGGCAGGCACGGCCAGGGCCACGGCCCCGCUCCGCCCCCGGCCGGGAUGGGGGACGGGCCAGCCUCGGGGCUCCCGGGGGAAGCGCGGCCGCCUGCUUGCAGCACCUGGCCAGCGGCGUGGGAGAUGGAGAAAGCCGCCGGUUUCCCCGCGGUGGGCGGCAGCUACCCGCAGAAAAACGCCGAGAUCCUCAGCAGCCAGUAUGGCAUCAACCUCUUCCUGGCCGGGCUGCUGCUCACCUUCGCCUGGGCUGUGCACGCCGUGGGCAUCAGCAAGAGCCACCUGCUCUCCUACCUCAUCACGCUGAUGCUCAUCCAGCUGCUGUGGAUGUUGUGGUACCUUUGCAGGAGCUGCACGCAGAGGAGGCUGAUCCGGGACAAGGACACCCACGCCGGGGCCCGCUGGCUGAAGUGUGGGAUUACUUUGUUUGCAGUGAUUACUUUAAUUAUGGACUCUUUUAAAAUUGGAUAUUACAUUGAUUUUUCAAACUGUUUAUCACCAACUGAAGGCAUUUUUCCUGUUACACAUGCUGUGCACACCAUCUUACAGGUUUACUUUCUGUGGUGUCAUGCGAAGGAUGUUAUCCAGUCUUUCAAAACACUUGAAAGGUUUGGGGUUAUCCAUUCUGUGUUCACAAAUUUGCUCCUGUGGACAAACGGAGUCUUAGCAGAGUCAAAACAUCAAUUGAAUGAACAUAAGGAAAGACUAAUCACGCUUGGUUUUGGGAACAUAACUAUAGUUCUAGAUGAUCAUGCACCUCAAUGCAACUGCACAACAACAACUCUCUGCUCUAUAUUUUCUCAAGGAAUAUAUUACCUAUAUCCCUUUAAUAUAGAGUACCACAUCCUGGCAUCCACAAUGCUCUAUGUCCUGUGGAAGAACGUUGGCCGCAAAGUUGAGCACCACCAGCAAAACAAAACUCGAUUCAAAUUCCACGGCAUAACUGUCGGAAUGAUUUUCGGACUAAUCGUGUUAACCAGCACAAUAGCCAUAGUUGUUGUGUAUUUGAUUCAGAUUGGAGGUUCAAAAAUCAAAAGCGAGUUAGCACUCACUAUGUUUUACUUGCACGCUAUCUUUGUGCUGGCUCUCAUGUGUACAGCUGGAAUUGUCGCCCUUCUCAUCUACAGACUGGAAGAUAGAUCGCUGGAUAAUUCAAAGAAUCCUGCUCGAAAACUUGAUGCAGAACUGCUGGUGGGCACAGCUGCAGGGUCCUGGCUGCUCUCCUGGGGGUCCAUCCUCGCCAUUAUCUGUGCCCAAGCUCAUCCAAAAUACACCUGGUAUAACCUGCCCUACUCUGUUCUGGUUAUCAUUGAGAAAUAUAUUCAGAAUCUCUUUAUCAUUGAAUCCAUACACCGUGAGCAGGAAAAGGUUAAUGAUGACAUUAAAACUCUCCGAAUAGUGACUAUAUCUCGGGGGAGCACUUUGUCCCUUACCCCCUUGUACAAAGAGAUUUACAAUGGCAGAGCCACUCGUGACACUGGGGAGGUGCCCUGUCUGUUUAAGGGCAGUAUCUGUGGGAGAGAUAACGAUGGUGCUGGUGUUGCCAAAGAAGAAACGAGUCAGGACAAUACUUCAGUCAUGCAUUCGGCCUCAGAUUUCUCAUUUUACAGUAGAAACUCAGUUACUAACAACAAGAGGAGAAUUCUGAAGAACAUUGCUGCAUUUUUAUUCCUUUGCAACCUUUCGCUGUGGAUACCCCCGGCAUUCGGGUGCCGCCCGGAAUAUGACAAUGGACUGGAAGAAAUAGUUUUUGGCUUUGAACCCUGGAUAAUUGUUGUGAACCUUGCGAUGCCUUUUUCCAUUUUCUAUCGGAUGCAUUCAGCUGCCUCGCUCUUUGAGGUCAAUUGUAAAACAUAGAUCAUACACGGUCCCUCAGUGAACAAUUGAUUGAAUAAUUAAUUAAAUAAAUAACAGUUGAAGGAGUGGAUGAAUGAAUGAAAGAAUGUAGCAGCUGCUCAAUAAAUAGAAGAUUCAAUAUUUUCUUUAAAAGAAGGGACCAUAGCUAAUAGCAUGUAAUUGUUUUUAUUUUUCUUCCACAUAUUUUGUUAUAUGUGUGGUGUUAUUGUAUAGGUACACUUUUCAGAAUCAUAUUAGUGUUAAUAUGAUUAACACUACAUAAUAAAGUUAAUUCGAUCUCAUUAAUCUUUGUUUUAGUCAUCUGGGAUUUGUCUUCUGUAUGAUUUGUAUAGCUUUGUUUUCAUUCAUUGUGACUUGUAAAAGGGAUUUACAAAAAGUUCUGUAUGAUUUAGGAGGGAAAAUCCCAGGAAGAGCUGAACUGAAUGAUGCUCCUGAAUCACAGAGAUACUAGAAAAACUCCAGUUCUUAAUUCCUAAGGUUUUUUUAAUAGUAAAAUCCGAAAACAUUUACUAUGUAAUUGGGAUGUGGGAAUUAAUUUAGACUUCAUGAAUAGUGAUAAAAAUCAAUAUAUUAUUAUUAUUAUUUCCUUAACUACAUAGCAAGAAAUCCAGGUAAGUAACAUGUAUGAUUAGGUAUCAUGCUGUAUAUAACUUUUUCUGAUAAAAUAUAUUUCUAUUAAUUGUAUUUACUAUAUGACAUAACUGACAAAUAAAGUUAAUCUUUUUACUUAA